AUGUUGACGCUAACAUCAGAGAUGUUCCCUGUCCCUGUACAUCAGCGCCAGCUACAAAACGCAGCAGUCGACAUGUCAUCUGUGCCACAAUUACAGUCAGCCGGAUCAGUAGCCGGCGCUGGCCCGGAUGAGGUGUACCAGCAUGGCACGAUCGGGACAUUUCUGCGACAGGAAUUGGAAGGUGGAUUUUCCAGCUUUAUUCGCUGUGUUUACCAAGCGAAACGAGUCAACAACAACACAGUGACGCUGGUAUGCGAACGCGACCAAGGCUGCUGCGAGCACGGGUGUUGUCCGAAAGACCAGCACUGGAUGGCUGGAGUCUAUGUGCUCCUAGCGUUCGUGCUGUUGGUUUUCAUAGUUGGUACCGUGCUGAUGAUUGUCUGCUAUCAGAGAUCGAAAAAUAAGCAGCGUAAAGAACAACGGCAAGCAAUGGAAUACAGUGGAUAUGCAGCUUCACAGGUUGGUGUACCCGGAGCGUACUCCUCGUAUGGCGGUCCGACAUACUAA